ACACCCAAACUGUAAUCAAGUUCUAAUUAAUCAAGUCGCGUAUUUCUCGACAGAGGUCGCGGUGCGAUGACGUCACCGACUCUCGCGCAUCACAACAGACAGUUACCGGCGCGCCGCGUCGCUACCUGCGCGUUCUUAAUACAAACUUUAAAUUGUAACUGUUAUUAAAGAAACUUAGCUGUUUUAGUUGAAGUAAAUAAAUAGCUGUGAUAGUGUAGUGUAAAAUACUGAGUGGUAUUUUUACUUUAGAGUUAAGUGCCAAGUCAAAGCGCUUGAGGGUACAGUACAGUUAGCGUAAAGAAAUCACGGCAGUUUCGACCUAAUAAAGAAUAGCUGUCAUUCUUACUACAACGCGAAUGGUAGUGAGUGAUGAAGUGUGCAAAGUGUUAGUGUUUUUGUGUGUGAAAUAACUGCGUGGAUUGCAGACGUUUAGGAAUGUUCUGUUAGCGCAGAAAAAGGCGUUGCUAGCAGCAUGCAAAACACAACAGACACCACGCCACCAUCAGGCGUGGUGGAACUGCGCGAAGAUAUCCCACUAAAAGCGGGUGCCAGUAGCGGUGGCAGCUGCGGCACUCCACGCCUCAUUGCGGGAUGCUUCGCUGCCCUGUCUGCGGCUGUGACUAUAGCUCUUCUCACGCAGAUAUACUAUGGCGACUAUCAGGUAGUGCCCCACGGCUCCGUGUCAAGCGCAGCGGAGGCAUGCUCUUCAGCCGGCACGGGUGCUCUGAAAGCUGGUGGGCGAGCGAUGGACGCCGCUGCUGCUGCGGCGUUAUGCCUAGCGUUGCUCGCGCCGCACCGCACUAGCAUUGAUGCGAGCGGAAGCCUCCUCUACUGGGAGUACCGCAACAGCACCGCGCGCGAUGAAGGCCCCACGCUCAUGGAGUGGGGGGGACCGAACCAGGGGGGCGUGCCGCGGCUACUGGUCGCGCUGGCGCAGCUGCAUGCGCGGUAUGGUGCGUUACCUUGGAGCCAGGUGCUGCAGCCGGCCAUCGAUCUCGCCAGAGGCGGUUACACAGUGUCAAGAGGUUUGGCGAUGGCGGCGAGCGAAGCCGGCCGCCCCGGUUGGCUCGCAAACGGCGUGCGCGCCGACGCCGCCUACGCCGACUAUCUUGAGAUGCUGCAGCGCAACACUAGUGCAGAGCUAACGGCGAUCUGGUCCAAAGAGUCAAACACGGUACGGUUUUCGUCGGCGCUGGCUACUCCAGCUGGCGGCUGGAGAUUGUACGCCGGCGGCGCUGGCGCUGUGUCGGCAGCGAGAGCACUCGUUGCGGCAAUCGAGAUACCCCUCGACGUUGAUGGGGCCGAGCGCAGGGUAGUUGCUGCUCUUGUGAAUGAGGCGCACGAUGAAACACCGCCGGCCGGCGGCGUGGCGACCGGCCUGGCUGUGGUAGAUCCCGUUGAUACCUACAUUGCACUUGUCACAGGACUAUCGGUACCGUUCGGCUCGCUGCCACCCUGGGGCGUAGAUGGUACGGGCGGCGAGGGCAGCGCUGCCAAUGCUCGAGAUUCACCCGCUGCGCCGAUUGACCUCGCACCUGCCAUUUUACUCAACGAGAACGUCUGUGGUACUCGCUACGUGCUUGGGGCUGAAUCAUCAAGCGCGCUAGCGCAAGCAGCUGCCUCGCUAGCAAGCAGCGCGGGCGACGAGCUCGGCCUAGCGAUAGAACGAGCCCGCGUCGGCGUGUUACCAGGCGGCGUGCUGGCAUUAGAGUCGGCGGCACCGCCUUCGCUCCAGCCUCUAGUCGGCGCGACGGUCAAUGCUUCUCUUCCCUAUGCUGCGGUUAAUGUAGUGCAGCAGCGGGGCGAUGCGCUCGCCAGCCAUGCUGACAGUCGCAGCGGUGGGCUUUCUUCGCGUUUCUAGCACUUCCCACAUCAUACUUGUUAACAAUGAAGUAUUAUAGAUAGUAUAAAAUUGAGUCUUAAAAUGCUAGCUGCUGGAAAAUAUAGGUAAAGUCUAAAGAUUGACUAAUUGACAUGUUGUAAUGUAAGACGUUUUAUACUCGUAAAGGCAUCUAACUAUUAGAAAGAGAUUGCUGCUUAUACUACAGAUUAAAU